CGCACGAAGAAGCGACGAAGCAGAUACAGACAAUAUACGUGUGGUGGGUAGUCUGCAUCAAACGAGAUGAGCAGACGCUGGCAAAAGAAGUCUCAAGAAGACCAGUUCAAGGACAUCUAUGACAAGAUUGAUCAAAUCCACGGCAUCACGCGCAACCCGCCCCUGAAUUCUCGUGGGUAUGACAAGCACAUCAAGACAGGCAAGCUCUGGGUCAGGACACGCAUCAAUACCAUUCUGGACAAGGACUCGUACAGAGAGAUCGGCACAGUCACGGGAACGCCGACAUUCAAGGGCAACAGUAAUGAGAUGACAGACUUUGUGCCAACCAAUUACUUGAGUGGCUUCGGCACCAUCAAUGGCAGGCGCGUCGGCCUGGCUGCGGAUGACUUUACGAUCCGUGCAGGACACGCCGAUGGAGCCUUGUUCCAAAAGGCGCUCUAUUUUGAACACCUCGCCCUUGUGCACAAAGUGCCCAUCAUCAGGCUCAUCGAUGGCAGCUCCGGUGGUGGCUCAGUAGCUGUGUACAAGGACAUGGGCUACACCUACAUCCCUCCAGCGACAGGGGCAGGAUGGACACCGAUGCUAGACUCAUUGAGCCAAGUGCCAGUGAUUGGCUGCAUCUUGGGGCCUGCAGUAGGUCUGGGAGCAGCAAAAGUGACCAUGACACACUUUUCAGUCAUCUCAAAUCAAGUUGGUAGCAUGUUCAAUGCUGGUCCUAUUGUGGUCGAAAAGGCCGGAAUUGAAGAAGGUCUGACCAAUAGCGACCUCGGUGGUCCAGGUGUCGUCUGCGCUAACGGAGCGAUUGACAACUAUGGCGAGUCUGAAAAGGACUGCUUCGAAAUCAUCCGGCAGUUCCUGGAGUACAUGCCCUCAUCGGUACUCGAAUACCCUCCUCUACGGCCCUACUCGAGACUUGCAAGCGACAAGGCUGCCGCACGUGCCAAGAUCCUCGACAAUGCUAUCCCACGCCAGUCAAGCAGAUCUUACCAGAUCUACCCCAUCGUUGAAGCACUGCUAGACGAAGAAAGUUGGUUCGAGGUCGGGCCAGCCUGGGGUGCACCGAGUAUCACUGGCUUUGGUCGUAUUGCUGGUCACACUGUUGGCCUUAUUACUUUCAAUGUCGAAUCGCCGUCACUUGGCGCCUUGACUGCAGCCGGGGCCAAGAAACUGCAACGCCAUGUAGAACUCUGCAGUCUCUUUGGUAUCCCCAUCGUUCAACUUGUGGAUAUGCCAGGAUUUGCCAUUGGCAGUCAGGCAGAGCGCGAGGGGACCAUGCGUGCGGGAGUGGAUUGUGUCAAGGCCUACUACAAUGCUACGGUACCCAUGUUCAAUGUGGUCAUUCGAAAGUGUUACGGCAUUGCUGGAGCCUUCUUGGUGGACAACAAGCUGCCGCACUUCCGUGUCGCUUGGCCAAGUGGCGAAUGGGGUUCGUUGCCCCUGGAAGGCGGUAUCGAGGCAGCCUACGCGUUUCCCCUCAAGCAAGCCUUUCAAAAAGGCGGACCGGAAGCUGCCAAGAAGCUCAUGGGUGAACUACAGCACGACUUUGCAGUCCUGUCUGACCCAGUACGGACUGCCAUGAGCUUUGGGGUCGAGGAGAUUGUCCGGCCGUCGCAAACACGAGGCAUUCUGGUAGACUGGUGCAAAAUGGUGUACAAGACCCUGCUGCCCCAGAGAAUGGACAUGGAGCGUAUCCGUGUCGGUCUUUACAAGUCGCGUUCUUACUUGUAGAUUAUUGUGACUG